GGCCACAGCUGGGCCGGCGGUGGCCGGAGCACGUGGCCACGGGGCUCAGCGCCUGUCCCCCCGCAGGGGCUGCUUCCAGGCCCUGUACACCCACAAGUUCCGAGCCGUGCUGGGCAAGAGCCGCGUCGUCUUCCCCGGUGAGAAGGUGCUCCUGGCCUGGUCCGGGGGGCCCUCGUCCAGCUCCAUGGUCUGGCAGGUCUUCCAGGGCCUGAGUCCGGACUCCGCCAAGAGACUGCGGUUCGUGCCCGGGGUCGUCCACAUCGACGGUGCGUAAGGCGCCUCUGCCGCCAGGCGGGUACGGUG